AUGUCGGCAACUGCUGUGCUCUCACAGUUGAAAAGUCUACUUGAAAAGACCCAACAAUUAAAGGGGAAAUUGUCUAAGGCCUAUCCAACAGAUGACCAGUGGGACACUUUGAGCGACUUGAGUCUAAAGCUCUCAGGAGCGUCGAAAGCGGUUCAGGAGAGCAUCCGUGUGCUAAAGGAAUCGCGAUCAGAGCGAGCGUGGAAGGAAAGCGAGAAACAUAGGUCUAAAGCGCAGGCAUCGACGGGCGAUCUUUUCGCGAAAGGUCGAUUGAAACAACCAGUCAUCUUCAGGAGAAACAUCGUUACCAUAUUUGAGGGCCCGAAAGACUCCAGGUUCGAUUCCGAGGACGUAAAGUUCCGGAAAGAAUCUACCCGCAAGAGAUGCGAGCUCAUCCGACGCUUGAGUCCUGAUGGGAUAAUUUCAUGGGCACUUUCUUUCGCACCUACCCUUUGGGCUGGAGGUUCGAUGGCCUCGGAUGUAUUCACCUGCCUCCUUGACGACAUAGAGCCCGAGCUGCUCCAGACAUGGCCGUUGGUGAUACGAGAGACAUUGCACCUGCUCUUGGAAGAUGAAGAAUCUUUACGCCGGUCUCCUGAAUACGACGUUUUUCUUAAAGCAAUUGACGAUCCAUUACGAAAGCCAGUACAACAGAGAAAACGGCGGCGUACCGAAGACGAAAGUGAGCAACGGAACCCGGUACACGGAAGGGAAUCAGUUAACCGCUCUGUGAACAGUCAGGUUGCAGAGGGCGGCAAGGCAUGGCCGAGUCAAGCUGCGAUGAGAAAAAAGACAAACACGGAAUCGGCAAGUCAAGGAGACGUCUUCGCCCUCACCAUAGAAGACGCACGAUACGCUCUGUCCUAUGACGAAGGUGUUCGGUCAAUCUUCCUAACGAAUCCGAUCCUCAAAACUGAGUCAUCGUUCCUCACGGCUUGGGUCUCCCAAGAAAUGGGCACAUAUUUGGGCGAACGUGGCAAGAAACUAGAUUAUAAAUACACGCUGACGAAAGGCGCAGAAGGGCUACGAAGAGAGGUCUAA